AUGGAUGAGUCAAUAGAGGCACACACGGGGGCUGAGGCGCCCUUUGCGGGAUCUGCUGGCGGGGCUGCUGCGACCUUUCUCUCAGGGCUGCUCACCUCCGUCGAGACAAUCUCUCGGGCAACCUCCCCCGGCAUACCGUGCGGCCAUAACAACUACGAAGACGACAAGAAACGCUACCGCCCCCGCACGUUCAGCUACUUCCGGCUGCUUCCCUUCGAUGUCGAGGACGACUCGCACCGAGAUGCGGCCCUCCAGGGCAUCCUCAAGAAUCUCUACAUAUCCAUCAUGGCCGAGGACUUUUCUCCCGGUGCGCUCCAUUGGACGCGCGAACUCCAGGGAUGGUUGAAUCUCAAGUUUGAGAUGACCCGGGAACUGCGGGCCCGGCUAGCCCAGGUGUACUAUCACCUUGCGUUGGCCCCGGGGUUAGAUAAUAAUACAGCAGACCGUUUUUCGAGGAUGGUUAUUACACUGACGAGGAAAAAGCACUACCUCAAGCCUGGCGAGGACCUCACCUUUGACUGGCGGCCGCUUUGGAAGGAGAUCCGGGCCAUGGUCCUCCCUUCCGAGGCUGCGUCACAUCAGGGACCACGAAGGAGGUCGGCCAAGCACCUCCUUAAGCUGUGCCUGCAAGCCAGCGCCUACUUUGACCCCAAGGAGCGCCGAGCCAUCCUGGACGAGCUGCUUCCUUAUUUCAGCACCUCGGCCAUGUCCAAUGCUUACAUCGUUGCCGGCGCUCUCAAUGCCAUGCUGCCCACUAGCCCGGCGCCCCCCACCGAGCCGCAGUCGCAGCCGUCCGAUCUCUUUCCGACAUUCUUCCAUUUAUGGUCGUUGAUGACGAGAUCUAAGGGGUUCGACGUGUGCUUCAUCGACUUAUUCUCGCGCAUCGCCCGGGAUUACCUUGGCUGCACCCAUGUGCCGUUUACAGAACACGGCAUUUUUACUCGCGAACAGUCAGACCUAAUCUUUACGGCCAUUUUGCGGCUGACCGAUAUUCCGGUCGGACAGGCCAACUCGCCGUACACGUCGUUAGAUUAUGCUUCCGGCCUGGGCGCGUACCUGGAGAAGGACCGGAAGAAGUAUCCGGUCCCUUACAUGAUUGCACGGUGGAUUGCCCACUCCUUGUCGCCGCUCUGCCUCAAGCAGGAGAGCUCCAUCUUGACCAACCUCGAGGGCCUGAUGGAAUCGAUCGAUACCUUCUUCCACCCGUCGAACCAGGGCGUAUGGGUUAACUUCCUGGCCCAGUUGACGUAUUUCCUGACCGACAUCUUUGUCUCUCGGUGGAAUCGCGAGCAGAGUGGGGAACUCGACGUGCCGCAGGACCGUCGCAUCAAUGACGAACUGAAGAAGCGCUUCGUCCUGGCCCUCAAGGAGGUAACUUUCAUGGGGCUUUUUGCCAAGAGCUCUAAGGUGGUUAACUAUUACUACUCCACACUGCAGGGUCUGGCAUAUCUGGAACCAGAUCUCAUACUUCCCGGCGCCCUCCAGCGUUUCUACCCCAGUUUGCAAGGUCUUGUCGAGGUCCACCGGACAACGUCGAGCUUAUGCGGUCUGCAGAUGAUCGCCAACAUCAUGUCCAAGCACAAGGGGUACCGCUGCCACAUUACGGCCCUGCUUGCGUUGGCGCUACCCGGCAUCGACGCCAACGACUUGGGCAAGACGCAGUACACGCUCAACUUUAUCCAGAGCGUGGCUUACAGCAUUCCGUUUGUGCCACUGGCGCACGAAGGUGACAGGAUCCACGACACAAGCCUUGCCAUGAACUGGGUGCAGGGCGAGAUGGAGAGGAUGGAGCGCGAGGGCCAGGAAGUGAAGAUCUGCUACGACGAAGAGCUGACGGACGAAGACGAGGCUAGCAUCCUGCGCUCAUCGACCGCGGGUCUCGGCGAGUUUGUUCUGGCUUUGCUGGGGAAGGUGUUCGCGCUGCUUGAGAACCUGCCCGACUCGAGCCACCUCCGCAAUGCAUCGCCCGAGGACAACGUUAUCAACACGCUCCCGGCGGCGCUCACGCCCCUGUUUGCGUCGUUGUCGCCAGAGCUGUUCGACAUGGUGCUCGAGAAGCUGGCCACGUUCGUGAGCACCCACGUGGUUCACCAGGCCAGGGACGCCAUGGCGUGGAUCUGCAACGCGCUGUGCAAGGUCCAUGCGGAGAAGACGCUCCGGGUGUUUAUCCCGAUGUUGAUCGUCAACAUCCGGAACGAGAUUGACUACAACGGCGCGGCGUCCGACCGGAGCAGCGGUACUGAGGUUUUACCCCGGGAUCGCGCGCUCGUGUGGCACGUCAGUAUGCUGAGCAUGUGUGUCGUGCACGUCGGCGCUGAGGUCGUACGGUACAAGGAGGAGCUGUUUGGGAUCGCCGAGUAUAUGCAGGAGAAAUGCCGCGGCCUGCCGACCAUCCACAUCUCCAACUACAUCCACCAUCUGUUGCUCAACCUGACGCACACCUAUCCGAUCGACAACGCGCUGUACGAGCCGGAUCGGAUCGCGCAGGGGCUGGAUAUCCAUGACUGGGGGCGAACGACAUCCCCGGCGGAACUCACGAUCAAGUGGCAUCGCCCUUCAGAGGCCGAGAUCUUGUUUGCCGUGGAGCUGUUUGAAAACCAGGCACGGAGUGCGGCCCAGAGACUAGACCAGCUAAUGAGCGACGAGCCACCGGUCAGCCGGAAGGGGAAGAACAAGGAGUGGUCGGACGAGCUGUCACGGAGCUUGACUGCGCUGCGACUGAUGAUUUCCGGUAUCGCCACGAUGUUUGACCCGCUUCGGGCUUCCGGUCAGAGGGGCGGGAAGAAUGCGAACGGAGAUGACAAGACGGACGCCGAUGGGGACGCUAUGAUGGAAGAGGAUGAUGAUCCCCUGGCUGAGGUGGCGGACGACGACGAGAUGCAGCGCCAGUUCCACUAUCCGGCCGGCUACCAACUCACUCCCGAGGACCCUGUGUACGACCGCAUUCACGGUCUCCGCGAGGACGUCGGCCGUCUGCUGUCACGCACGCACGCCUUCCUGAACGCGAACCAGGAAGACGAUGUGGCGUGCUUUACCUCGUUGUAUGCCACGUAUAGGACGUGGAUCACAGAUGUGGGUAUUGAGCGCUCAGCACAUCCGCUGGAGCGGCUCAUGCGGCUAUACGAGUCGGAUAUCUCGCCGUUCAAGAUCAGCGGCCUCCGCAAAGUAUACCCGCGGCCGUUGCUCAUCAAGCGGGCGGACGCAUACCAGAUCCAGCGCGUUAAGUACAAUUCGGCGUACCGCAAGAAGAGUGAGCUGGAUAAGCAGCUGCUGCUCGACCUGGCCGAAUCGUGCACAUCGUCGUACUCGGACGUGCGUCGGGUGGCACAGGGGGCUCAGGAUUCAUCGCUGAAGGUGUUGCUCGGGGGCCGGCCGCUGGUGAUCCCCGUCGUGCUGGCCCGGCUCGGCAAGGCGCUGGAGGAGAACGACCACGACCGCAUCAAGGGGGCCAUGUACACGCUGCUGUUUACCACACUUAUCAAGACGGUCAUGCGCGACUGGCGGUUUGCGCCCGAGUUGAUGCGGUUGUAUAUCGCGACGGCCGGCGUGGACAAGGCGUCGAUUCAGAACCUCGGGUCGUCGGCGCUGUACCCGCUGCUAGAGUUUGGUAAGCCCCUCGAGCGCAUGAUCAUCUUCGACCGAGACGUGGUCAACACGAUUCGGCCGGCGGAGGAGGACUGCGCGGCUGCGAUCCAACGGCGUCACGACUUCAUUCGCGAGCGGCGGACCCGGGUCGAGCAGAAGAAGGCUGCGCUGGGGCUGGAGCUGACGGAGAAGGCGCGCGAAUCGCACUGGAAGGUGGCUAACCGCUGCACGAUCUUCGCGCUGAACUGCACGCUGCGGUUCGACACGAUUGCGAACGAGCAGUUCAUCGACCUCGUCGGCCACGGCGCCAACGAUCAGCACCCGAGUCUGCGGUCCAACUACCUAUCGGCGUUCUCGGCCAUCUUCUCGGCCAUCGACAUGCGCGCGGUGUACAAACAGGAGUACCGUAACUACCUGAUGGAGAAUGAGCUGGACGAGAACGAGGUGAUACUCCCCGUGCCGACCGACGACGAGAACGUGACGGACAAGUUCCUGGCGCAGUUUGAGGACUACGAUCACCCGGAACACUUUGUCGAUGCGGACCAUCCGGGCUGGCUGGUCUGGGGCAAGCAGCUAAAGGUGUCGCGCGCGGACCCGAAGCCGUUCGUCGCGUACGGCGAGGUGGAAACCCGCGUGCGCGAGCAGAUCGGCGGGAUCAUCACCAAGGACUGGUUCAAGAAGUGCUUUGACUAUCUGAAGCAGGAACCUCGGGAUUCCGGGUCAGACAGAUUCCGUAUGCAGCAUGCAGUUCUCCUUAUGUCGGUGUUCGAUCUGAUGUACUACGGGAAGACGGCCGCGACAUUCGACGACGUGGUCGAGCUGACGAAGGAGGUGUACGGCGACGGCAGCGACAAGCACCAGCACCGUGCGACGUCCGAGAUCCUAGGCGCGCUACUAACGGGCAGCAUGGACGACCCCAAGGAGAUGCGCGACAAGGCGUGGGGGUUCGCGGCGCCGAUGAUGCUCAAGAUCAUCGCCGACGACCUGACCCCCGACAACUUGUCGUACUGGAUGACCUGUCUGCACGUCAUCAUUGAUGGCAAGGACCCGCGCCGGUACCGCGAGCUGAGCGAGGCCCUCGCGUCGUUCCGGCUGGAUAUGACGUCCAACGCGGCGUUCAAGGAGUCGUCCAAGCUGCAGCUGAUCGAGUUCAUUGUUAACGACGCCGGGUGGCACUUCCGGCACGAGCAGCCCAUCCUUGAGGACUGUCUCGCCCAUAUCGACCACCCUUACAAGUCAGUGCGGGAGUCGAUUGGUAGGGUGAUCGCUACUGUCUAUCGCACCCGCUACCACGAGUCCUUCCGCGACGUCUCGGCGCUACUCGAGCAGAACAAGGCCGAAUCAUCCCUCGGCAUACGCCCCUACCAGCCCACAGAGGCCUUCUCAGCCGCCAUCCGCGACGUCUUUGCGCGUAUCGAGACUUGGCGUCACGAGCGUACGCCGGGCCAGCAAACCCCCUCCAGCUACACCUCCGGGUCCAAAACAGCCCUCAUCUGGCUCGACAGCAUGCUCUCCUCGCAAGAGUGCAUCCAGCUCGUCCCCUUCUUCCCGGACCCCUUCAUCGACCAACUCCUCCACAUGAUGGACGUGAAAGAAGACCCCGAACUUAUGAAGCUCGCCUACCACGUCUACCGCCACCUCCCCAACAUCCCCUUCCGCUCCGGCGAGGACGACGCCUUCAUCGCCGCCCUCAUCCGCGUCGGCAAAACCGCCGCCUCCUGGCACCAGCGCCUGCGCGCCCUCGUCAACAUGCAGGUCGUCUACUUCCGCCGCCUAUUCCUCACCCAGCCCGCCCAGCGCCAAAUGCUCUUCGACGCCGUCGGCGACAUGCUCGCCGACCCCCAACUCGAAGUCCGCGACUGCGCCAGCGCCACCCUCGCCGGCAUGAUCCGCUGCUCCCCGGCUCCGAUCCGCAACCCAAUCAUCUACCAACUCAAAGACCGUUUCGAGCGCCAGCUCAAACUGAACCCCAUGCCUAAGCGCAAAGUACCCGGGACGGAUACCCCUGUCGAUAACCAGAAGCAGAUUGUUAGAAGACAUGCGGCGGUGCUCGGGUUGGGCGCGUUGAUUGAGGCGUUUCCGUAUGCGACUCCGCCGCCGACGUGGAUGCCGGAGGUUUUGGCGGGGUUGGCGACGCGUGCGGCGAAUGAUCCCGGGGUGGUGGGGAAGGCGACCAAGGCGAUUUUGGCGGAGUUUAAAAAGACUAGGCAGGAUAGUUGGGGGGUUGAUCAGAAGUACUUCACAAGUGAGCAGUUGGAGGACUUGGAGGGUGUGCUGUGGAAGAGCUAUUUUGCUUAG